AUGGAGCUGGUUUCGCGUGUUGAAGAACUGCCAUGUGGGAAGCUGGUGAUCUUCUUGGAGCAAGUUCCCACUAGAGGUCGACCCACUUCCUCCACCUUGCAGAGGAUCGACUGCCAUUCCACAUGGAAUGCUGCACAAGCUCCCCAAGCUGAGCAGCAAAAGAAGAAGAGAGAGAUAACGACUGCUGAGGCAUCUGGCCACCCAGAUAGAAAGCGUCGCUUUGUGAGCGCGGGCGCCCACUGUCUGCUGUCUUGUUUGGCGCUGCCGCCGCCCCGCAGGGCCACCCAGCUGGGCAAACAUCUGGCGCACCAUCUUGCUCAACCUUUCAAAUCUUGCAUGGCC